AUGACAACAGUGCCAGAGGCGGAAGCCACCUGCAAGGGCAAAGAGAGCGCGAAUGGAAUGCUAUCAGACCACACGGCUAAGACGGUGGCAACCAAGGUUGGUGUUCCCCUUGAAGUUCACUCCGACCAGGGUCGAGAGUUCGAAUCUGAAGUCUUUGCACAGAUGUGUUCUGUCCUUGGCAUAAGGAAGACCCGCACGACGCCAUACAAUCCGAGGUCUGACGGGAUGAUCGAGAGGUUCAACAGCACCAUGGUGGCCAUGUUGAGUCUAUGGGUGAACAAGUCGAAGACUGACUGGGAUGAACAUCUAGCUCCUCUGACCAUGGCGUAUCGGUCAGCGGAGCAUGAAACCAACAAAGAAACACCAAACACUAUGAUGCUGGGGCGUGAGGUCAGGAUGCCAGUUGAUUUGCUUGUUGGCUCCACCCCGCAAACUCAGUUUAAUGCAACAGAGCAUGCGCAGACCCUACAGGACGAACUACGGCUUGCACACGAGGCAGCACGGGAGGCAACCGGGGCACAGAUGAGGUAUCAUCUGAAGAAGGGAGUCUGCCCAAAGUCGAGUCUAAGCUGGACUGGGCCAUAUGUCGUAGUGGACAGGUUGUUUGAUGUUGUGUACUGGAUCCAAAAGACCCCUCGUUCUAACCCUCAAGUAGUCCACGCGGAUAGGCGGAAAGGUUAUCCGCUGAGUUGUGUUGAUCAAAUAAAAAAAGUUUUCUAG